AACUUAAUUUUUGCAGUUCGAUAUUUUCCCCCUCACGACUCACUUCACAAAAUCACACUGACCACCGUCGACUCCGACCUUCAUCGACUCACGCCCGUCACAUGCACGACUUAGCAGGCCAAACCAUGCGAACCCUAACCCUCCUUCCCUGAGCUUCGCUCGGCGCUUCUGCGGCCGCCUCCGAUGCCGACGACUUGUUCCUCUGCUUCCUCUCUUCCGCCAGAUCUGCUCGCCAUCUCCUCCUGCGUUGUGCGUGGUUCGAAUCUGCUGCUGCUGCUGCAGCACGAGCGUCCUGCCGCCGUCACCCGCCAGCGCCGUCGCCGCCACCAAUAAUAGCAGGGACCAAAAGCAACAAUGAGUGUGAUUCAGAAGUUUUUCAUUGCUUCAAUGUUCAUGUGGGCUGUCCCUGUUGCAAUUCUGUAUGGUUUUAACAAUAAUCUGUUUCCUGGAACAGACAAUUUGUCCCCUUACUCUGUGACACUAGUGAGUGGAUUUCUUGCGGUUAUAUCAGUUAAUGUAGUCAUAGCAUUUUACAUAUACUUGGCGAUGAGGGAACCUGCCGAAAAACACGAGCCAGAUCCCAAAUUUCUCGCUGAGGCCAAGGCUAGUAUGAAGCAGCCAACAACUGAUGCUCCGCAAUCUUCUGACUCUCAGAAGAAAGAACAGUAGGCUGUGUCCUUAGGCAGUUAGCCCUCUUUGUUGUACUGUUCUUCUUAGGAAGGAUAGGAGAGAAGGGGAUGAAGGGUGAAGGUCCUGAAUUGUGCACGCUUGAUCAUAUCUUAGUUAUGACGUUUGCAUAUGAUCCAUGUUGUGCACAAUCUCUGUUUUAUUCUGACAGUAUUUUAUGUAUCUACUAAUCAAUUUGCCGCUCCAUUGCACAGGGUAUGGACAAUUGUUA